GGAACGAGAGAAAUGAGACAAUAGAGAGCCGAAGUCCCGCCUGGCUGGCACGAGCCUUCACUCUUGUCUGUAUUGAGUAGUUGUUUUCUCUUAUAUUCAAAGAGCAGAGACACGUCUCGGAAACAUGGAGAAAAUGCAAGAGACAGCUGAGAGGAAAGGAAGGCUGACUCUUGUCUUGGCAUUGGCAACACUCAUCUCCACUUUUGGCUCCUCUUUCCAAUAUGGUUACAAUGUUGCUGUGGUCAACUCUCCAUCCGAAUACAUGCAGGUCUUCUACAAGGCUGCAUAUCAAAUUCGCUAUGGAGAGGCAAUGGAUGAUGGCCUUGUGACACUUCUGUGGUUUCUCACUCUCUGUAUGUACCCUCUUGGAGGGUUCUUUGGAUCGCUCAUGGUAGGCCCUUUGGUCAACAAAUUAGGAAGAAAAGGAACGCUCCUCUUCAACAAUAUCUUCUCCAUUGUCCCAGCUAUAAUGAUGGGGGUGAGUGAGGUGGCCCGGUCCUACGAGAUGAUCAUUAUCGGUCGCUUUGUAGUGGGCAUCUGUGCAGGCAUCUCUUCCAAUGUGGUGCCCAUGUACUUGGGGGAACUCUCUCCAAAAAACCUCAGGGGUGCCAUUGGCAUAGUGCCCCAGCUCUUCAUCACCAUCGGCAUCCUUACUGCCCAAGUGUUUGGCAUAAGGUCCAUCCUGGGCAAUGUAAAUGGCUGGCCCAUCAUGUUGGCCCUCACUGGGGUCCCAGCGGUGCUGGAGCUGCUGCUGCUGCCCUUCUUCCCAGAGAGCCCGCGCUACCUGCUCAUCCAGAAAGGAGACAAGGAUGCUGCCAGGGAAGCACUGCGGCGGCUGCGAGGCUGGGAUGACGUGGAUGAGGAGCUGUUGGAGAUGCACAGGGAGGAUCAGUCGGAGAAAGCGGAGGGGCGUCUGUCCGUCCUCAACCUCCUCUCCUUCCGCUCGCUGCGCUGGCAGCUGAUCUCCGUCAUCGCCAUGAACAUGGGCCAGCAGCUGUCCGGAGUCAACGCGAUUUACUAUUACGCAGACUACAUCUUCCUCUCUGCUGGUGUGAAGCUGAACGACAUCCAGUAUGUGACGGUGGGCACAGGAAGUGUUAAUGUCUUCAUGACUAUUGCUGCGGUGUUCAUUGUGGAGGCCUCGGGGAGGAGGAUACUGCUUCUCCUGGGCUUUGCGAUAUGCUGUGCUGCAUGCUUUGUCCUGACCAUCGCACUCUACUUUCAGGAUGGUUUGAGCUGGAUGCCCUAUGUCAGCUUCGCGUGUGUAAUCAUCUACGGCAUUGGUCACGCCAUCGGACCAAGCCCCAUCCCAUAUGUCAUCACCACAGAGAUCUUUCGGCAGUCGUCCAGACCUGCUGCGUUCAUGGUCGCCGGCUCUGUUCACUGGCUCUCCAUCAUCACCGUGGGCCUUGUCUUCCCCUAUCUCGCGAAGGGACUGGGCCAGUUCAGCUUCGUUAUCUUCGGGGUGAUCUGUCUCAUCACGCUGAUCUACAUCUGGGUCCUCAUUCCUGAGACCAAGAACAAAACUUUCCUGGAGAUCAGCCAGCUAUUUGCUAAGAGGAACAAGGUGAAGAUCAUGGUGGAAGAGGCGGAGAGGGAAACUAAAAACCAGGAUGGAGAGCACUGCCAGGAGGAGGAGAAGGUCACAGCAUUCUGAGAGAGGCACUGUGCUUUGAAGGACCUGUCGUGUCUCCUAGGCCCCACCCAUGGAGCACCGAACGCAUACGUGAAUUCGCGCCCACUUCGCUGCUUUUGCGUCAGCGCAAAUCAGCCAGAUGUGAGAGGUCCUCUCAAGGAGAGACACCUGCCUUGAAAACCUUGUUAGGUAGAUGAAGAAAGUAACGUAACAGAAACCAUAUAGUACACCAUAUAGUACACUUUUGUCCCGCUAACCACUAUUGAAUCAAGUGCGCCAGUUUGAAUGAAAGAGAAGGAAUGUGCGUAACUGUUGAAGAGUGGGUGUGUGAUUAGGCCUACUUGAACAAAUAGCUCCGAAAGACUGAAAUGAACGCUUGGUGAUGAGGAACGUGUGAGACUGAAAGUUGUGAAGACUGGAUGAAUGACACUAUGAAAUUCUUAUGCAAUAAACGACAGAAUGACUGAACAACGUGAAAACGUUAUGCUAGGCUAUAUGAAAGUGCUGACUAAUACAACAUACAAGAAGUAGGCUAUUACGUUAGAUAUGGGGUUAAAUUUGGGGAAUAAUGUAUGAAAAUACUAUAAAACGACUUACGUGCCUUCAAUAAAGACAUGCCUUUUACCUGAUUAAUAAACCACGACAAUGUAACCAAAUGCAAUGAAAUACUUAUAAUCCUGAAUGUAACAAAUAUACUCCCUGCGAACGCAAAUGCCUACGAUGUUUGAACGUAACCAACCAACAUGUUUAAGUAGGCUAUACACUGUUGAAUGUAACCAAGUACUCUCAAUAGAAUGUAAUAUGCAUGCUACAUCUUAAUGUGUAAUGCCUGUUAUCAAAUGUAAACUGUUUGUGUGUUAAAACCUGUAAAUGCCGAUAUUGAAUGCAUCUUUGUCUCAACUAGAAUGUUCUCGUCAACACUGAAUGUAUGUAAAACUCCGCUUUGUAACCCGGAGAUGUGUGCCUUUGACUGUCUAGAAUGUAAGUUUAGUCUCCAUAAAGUUCUGUGAAGAGGGCACCGCCCCAGGAAUGUGUAGGGGAGGACCAUGGGGUCACGGAAAAAUCAGGACUAUAAGUAGCAGGUCAACUAAAGUUCGGGGCUGCUUCUUCUUCUUUCCUCGUCUUACGUGUUGUGUUACUCUGUUGCUCGUGAUAGUCAUUAUGGACUCCGUACUUCGUCGCGAAGCCAAGGAUGCGGGACUUAGUGCUCCAGUGAGCAUCGGAACUCCGCAUCAUCCACCUGCUGCUCGUGGCCUUACACCCGGACAAGGGAGAUCACUGAACGAGAAUUCAUUUGGACUCUUUGCUUUUUUCGACACUAUUGGAUUAAUUUCUUUCGUUUUUCCUUUUUCAACACAAAAUGGAAUUACGACGACUAUUGGAUUGAUUUCUUACGUUUUUCCUUUUUCAACACAAAAUGGAAUUACUACGACUAUUGGAUUCAUUUCUUUUGUUUUUCCUUCUCACCACAAAAUGGAAUUAUCUUUUUCCUAUAUAUUGUAACCAACAAGCUGUAUUGUGCCGCAUUUUUGCUGUAUUUAAAAAUGCUGAAUUAUAAAACUAUUUUAAUCCAA